CGGUAGAGAGCGGUAGAGAGACGGUGCGGAGCAACACCGGGAACUACUCCCAGCUGUUUUUCCGGGUCACCCUCCAGCCAUACUGGAUUCAAUCGCUCGCUCAAGUCGCCUCGGUUGGCCUCACGUACCACGUGAUCGCUUUAUUUCAUAUAUAUCUACUAUAAUGUAUCAAAGGGGGGGAGGGGGAAAGGCAUUAUAGACACUUGAUAUAUCGGUGUCGUAAAUCAAGCGCGCGUAAAAUGUGUUAUUUACAAUUCGAAACGGUUAUGGAUCAAUAACGUGACUGUGAUAAAAAGAAAAAGAGAGAAAAUAGAUAGGGAACGAAAUUAUAAACAGACGCUAGAUACAUCAAAAUCAAAAAGGGCAUUGAGAGAGACAGAGAGAGGUUCGUCUCAUAAAUAUCAGUGCAGGGGCGAGCGAUCAGCUCACACUUCGCGCAAGUUCGCGGCCGUCGUAUUAUCUUCGAUCUCUUGACAGAACCAUGAGGAAGCGCAUAGUACUUUUAAUAUUCGGAUUACUGACGCUGGAACAUGCGAUCUGCCUCGAUACACGCACACCGCAUGUCGCCGUUGUAGGAGGUGGCAUUGGCGGUGCUUCCGCCUCGCACUUCCUCACGGAGCUGACGAAGGGGAAUCUGGCGAUCGACCUGUACGAGGCGAAGCGUAUCGGUGGCCGACUGGCAACCGUAAAGAUCGGUGACAAUGAACACGAAGCCGGCGGUUCGAUCCUACACCCCAUGAACAUGUACAUGCAGAGAUUCGUCAAACUUCUGGGCUUGGAGCACAAUCUCCCUACACAGGAUACACAGAUGUUCGGUAUAUGGGACAAAGACAGGUUUGUGUAUAAGAGCGACAGCUGGACCAUUGUGUCACUGAUAAAGUUAGUGUACAGAUACGGCUUCCAAGUAUUCAAACUUAACAGAGACAUACGUGAUAUAAUAGGACACUUUGAGAAGAUAUACGAGUUACAAGACGCUGGGAAGUCGUUCGAGAACAUCACCGCAUUGAUGUCAGCUAUAAACGAAGAAUUUUUAAACUGUUUGCAAACGUCAUUGAAAGAUCGUCUCCUACAUAUGGGCUACUCGAGAAGACUGAUCGACGAGCUGGCCGAGGCCGUCGUUGUUGUGAAUUACGGCCAAGACAUCGACGUACAAAGUUUCACCGGUCUCGUGUCUCUGGCUGGAACGGGCGCCGAUCUGUGGUCGGUCAAAGGCGGGAACAAAAGGGUACCGGAGGGUCUGAUCCAUGGAAACAAAAACAUAAAUGUCAUGUCGGGCCGUGUCAGGAAAAUUCGUUACAUCGCGGAGAGCAGUGAUAACGCGCGGCAGUACGAGCUGACUUACACGAGUAAAGACAACACGUAUCUGACGACGGCCAAAUACGACAUUGUGAUCAUCGCCGCACCGCUCACGAGCGAUCAAGAAUUCCCAAUAGAAUUCGCGGACUUCCCGAAAGACUUGGAGUUCCCGGGUAGCUAUCAGACGACGCACGCGACCUUCGUCAAGGCGGACGUCAAGCCGAAGUACUUCGGCCUACGUCAGAGCUUGGACUUUAUUUUAAGUUGUAAUCCCAACAAGACGAUAAUCAGUUCGCUUGGGAAGGUGGAUUCCGUUGACGGGUCGGACGAAGUCGGCUCGCCAAUUUGGAAGAUCUUCAGCAGAAAACCACUGGAGACCGGUCUUGUGCACGGAAUAUUCUCGAAUGUCAUCGAGAAGACGACAGUUGUCUGGAAAGCAUAUCCCCAUUACUUGUCCAACACUACCACUCGCCACAGCUUUAAGUUGCACGAUGCAUUGUACCAUAUCAAUGCGAUUGAAUGGGUCGCCAGUGCGAUGGAGAUGAGCGCGAUAGGCGGAAGAAAUGUUGCCAUUCUAGCCUACGACGAUUUUCUGCGGAAAAACAGCCUUGUGUCGCAUAGAGAGACCCCUAAGGACGGUCCUAAAACACCGUUCGAAGAAUUAUAUCACUGCAGAUAAAAAUAUUAUUUUUAUCAUGUAUAUAAUGUAUAUAUGCAUAUACGUACAUAUAACUAAAAAAUAUAUAGCUAUGAGAAAUAUUAUGUUCGUG